AUGCACCCUCUCCCUGAUAUAUAUAAUACCACAUCCCUUCCAACCACUUGUAACAAAAAUCUUAGUCUUCUUAUUUUUAGCAUUUUCCUCACACUAAUGGCAAAGCUAUUCCAUUUCCUCCUCCUCCUCUUCAUCCAAACAAUAACAGCCCAAGUAGCACCAGCACCAGCAGGACCCACCAACAUCACCCAGGUCCUAGAGAAAGCAGGCCAAUUUACAACCUUCAUCAAACUUCUCAAAGCCACACAAAUAGCUGACAGACUCAAUUCACAACUCAACAACUCAAACCAAGGCCUAACUGUGUUUGCACCCACUGACAAUGCAUUCUCAAGCCUAAAAGCAGGAACACUAAACUCCAUAAACUCACAAGACCAAAUGCAGUUGGUGCAGUUCCACAUCCUCCCCACUCUCUACACCAUCUCACAGUUCCAAACCGCCAGUAAUCCUUUGCACACACAAGCUGGGAACAGUGACGACGGAGAGUACCCUCUGAAUGUGACCACCUCAGGGAACCAAGUGAAUGUAUCAACCGGGGUGGUCAAUGCACCAGUGUCCAACACUAUCUUCAGUGAUAACCAGCUUGCAGUGUAUCAGGUCGAUAAGGUGCUUCUUCCUAUGGCACUCUUUGGCUCCACGGCGCCGGCUGCAGCACCGGCAGAGGCUCCGGCGCCGACCAAGCCGGAGAAAAAUGUCCGGGCAGGGGAAGCUGAUUCUCCAUCAGGGUCUUCGGACUCGUCGGUUGAUGCUUCGAGUGCAGUGAGUUUGAAAAGGAAGACAGUUGAAGUUGUUACCUUCGUUGCUGCUGGGAUUGCUGUUUCUUGUUUCUGA